AGUUUCCGAGAGUAGCGCGGGAGCUGAGAAGUUGGAGGCUCGGGUUCAUCCGGGGAAGGCCUUGAGCAGUUUAUUCCGCUGUCUUCCUGCUUCCAGGUUCCCCGACUGCGUCCCCACGAACUCCCCGUCCUUACCACCUGCUGCUGUGGAGUGCCUCGCUGUCUCCCAGGUCCCCGAGUGAGAGUCGAGUGGGACCUCUGUGGCGAGGGAAGGCCUGUGUUCCUGGUUUCAGAGAAGAUGACCGAAGAACUGGAUUUCCUGGGACAGGACUCUGAUGGGGGUAGUGAGGAAGUGGUCCUAACUCCUGCAGAGCUCAUUGAAAGGUUGGAGCAGGCCUGGAUGAAUGAAAAGUUUGCCCCUGAGCUGCUGGAGAGCAAGCCUGAGAUUGUAGAAUGUGUCAUGGAACAGCUGGAGCACAUGGAAGAAAAUCUCAGGAGAGCCAAAAGGGAGGACCUGAAGGUCAGCAUCCACCAAAUGGAGAUGGAGAGGAUCCGCUACGUCCUCAGCAGCUACUUGCGGUGUCGCCUCAUGAAGAUAGAGAAGUUUUUCCCUCAUGUCCUUGAGAAGGAGAAAACCCGGCCCGAGGGGGAGCCUUCCAGCCUCUCCCCGGAAGAGUUGGCCUUUGCCAGAGAGUUCAUGGUGAACACAGAGACCUAUCUGAAAAAUGUCGCCUUGAAGCACAUGCCCCCUAACUUACAGAAGGUGGACCUCUUUCGGGCAGUUCCCAAACCAGAUCUAGAUUCUUACGUGUUUCUGAGAGUGAGAGAACGACAAGAAAACAUACUGGUAGAACCAGACACAGAUGAGCAGAGGGACUACGUGAUUGACCUGGAGAAGGGCUCACAGCACUUGAUCCGAUACAAAGCCAUUGCACCUCUGGUUGCAUCUGGAGCUGUCCAGCUAAUUUAAAACUAGGCAUAAACAGCCGGGCAUGGUGGCUCAUGCCUGUAAUCCCAGCACUUUGGGAGGCCGAGGCAGGCGGAUCAUGAGGUCAGGAGUUUGAGACCAACCUGACCAACAUGGUGAAACCCCAUCUGAACUAAAAAUACAAAAAAAUUAACCAGAUGUGGUGGUGUGCACCUGUAAUCCCAACUUCUCGAGAGGCUGGGGCAGGAGGAUCGCUUGAACCUGGAAGCAGGAGGUUGCAGUGAGCCGAGAUCGUGCCAUUGCACUCUAGCCUGG